CCCCUUACCUCCUCGCCGCUGUGUGUCAGUCGCCGGCCAUUCGGGGGCCGCGGAGGAGCUGCGUCACGGGCUGUGGCGGGGGAGACCGUGCAUCUAGCCGCCGUCAUGUCUUCCACUCAUCCCCGAGUGAAGCGCGGCUCCGGCUCCCCUCCGAACGGCUCAGCACGCCUCCUUCAGCCCAUCCGGGCCACCGUGCCCUACCAGCUCCUGCACAGCAGCCCCAGCCGCUCCCCGUCCGCCUCUGUGGGGAGUAACACCGAGCCGGGCCCCCCGAGUCCUUCCCCACCUUCCCCGCUGCUCCCACAGCCUCACAGCAGCCCGGAGGCGGCCAGAACCCGGAGGAGGAGGAGCACGUCCCCGGACAGGAGGAACGCCGCGUCCCCUGGGAGCAGAGCUGACCAGUCAAAUUCCCAUCCCCUCCGAACAUCCAGCACCAUCAGGCGGACUUCCUCCUUGGACACCAUAACUGGACCCUACCUGAGCGGCCAUUGGCCUCGGGACCCUCACGUUCACUACCCCUCAUGUAUGAACGAUAAAGCCACUCAGACACCGAGCUGCUGGGGAGAAGAGGGCACCGAGAAGAAAAUAAGCCAUCAGCGCUCGGCGUCCUGGGGCAGCGCCGACCAGCUUAAAGAGCAGAUCGCCAAGCUGCGACAACAACUCCAGCGAACCAAGAACAGCAGUCGACAUAUCAAGGAGAAGGACAGUUCAUCGCCUCUCCCGGGAAACCAUAUAGCAACCAGUCAUUCUCAGGCUUCGACAUCCCGAUCCAUCCCUAUGCCCACAGCGAGUAUCCUGGUACCAAAAUCCCUAGGCUCUAGAGUCCCGUAUAAUGUUGAAGGGAUAAGUCCUGAACUCGAAAAAGUCUUCAUAAAAGAAACAAAUGAGAAGGACGGAGUCAAGCCUUUGGAGAUCCCAGAUGGGCGCAGAGCACCGUUACCUUCCACCUACCGUAGCAGCAGCAAUCGCAGCAUCGACACCCAGACCCCAUCAGUCCAGGAGCGCAGCAGCAGUCAUUCACCCUGUGCAUCCCCUUCAUGUCCCCCCGAGUCGCAGGAAGGCAGCCCGUGCUCCACUGACGACCUGCUCUUCGACCGGGAUAAAGACAGUGGGAAUAGCUCACCGCUGCCCAAGUAUGCCUCCUCUCCCAAACCAAACAACAGCUACAUGUUCAAACGAGAGCCCCCAGAGGGAUGUGAGCGGGUCAAGGUCUUUGAGGAGAUUUCGUCUCGUCAGCCGCCCCCUACAGCUCUCCUUUCAUGCCCUGACAAAAACAAAGUUAACUUCAUUCCCACGGGAUCAGCAUUCUGUCCUGUAAAAUUAUUGGGCUCUUUGCUCAUAGCUCCAGACCUAACCUUGAAGACCCCUCCAAACGCAGCUCCGAGUUCUGCUGUGAGCGCAGUGACUGUCGAGCACCUCUCAUCUCGGGUCUCUUCUUCUUCCCUGACCGACAAUGCCACCAGCAAAGUAGACAACACUGAAACCAACGGACAUGCAACCUCGCAAGAGCAGCAAAACGGGGUGGAGCGGCUGUCCGAAGACCAGCUGUCCCCUCCCCAUUCUCCUCACAACCACGUUGUAAUCUAACCCGGGGCAGAGCUGGCCUCUGUGACCGUCACGCUGAACUUGAAGCCAGAUUUACAACGUCUGCAUGUGGUUUGGUUAACGCUGUCUGAUCAAUAUUAAGAAUUCAAAAUUAAAGAAGAAAAACUACU